UGACCCUGAGAGCCACGAUUGGACCACACUUUUGCCUUUGUGUGUCCAACCAUGUGGCCAAGAGUACUGAUGGGACAUGAAGAACUGAAAUGACUCCUGAGCACAUUUUUGAAAAACUGAAGAUAACCAAGUCUCCGAAAUAAGAGCGCCUGCUUCUAACUCCAGUUACUUUUCUUUUUAGGUAAAGCAGACUGCUAUCAGUAGUAAUGGAUACGACCCCUCAGACAAAGACAGUUGCAAACCUUCAGUCCCCCUCAGCAGCUAACCUGGCCACGCUGCAGUCCUACAGGCCCCUUCUGAGUGACUAUGGACCUCCUUCUCUGGGAUUUUCACAGGGCUCUACUGGCAGCCAAGUGCCUCAGAACAAAUAUGCAGAGCUGCUGGCCAUCAUUGAAGAGCUCGGAAAGGAGAUCAGACCCACAUACGCUGGAAGUAAGAGUGCAAUGGAGCGACUGAAAAGAGGAAUAAUCCAUGCCAGGGGGCUGGUGCGUGAAUGCUUGGCUGAGACUGAGAGGAAUGCAAGGUCCUAGCUAAAAACGCCCAUUCCUCCCUGCAAGAACUACCUUUCAUGAGGAGAAAAAAUAACUUGCAUGGCGUUUCCUUUGCAAGGAGGAAGUAAAUGAACAAAGGAUGGAACAGCAAGCUCCUCGAGGGAGAGAGAGAGAGAGAGAGAGAGA